UCUGCUAAGCCUUCCUCCACCUUCUCUCUUGCGGAGACCUCCCGCAUCUUCCUGGCGGAAUCUGAGCGGAGCGAUAAGCACCGAAACGCCUCUUUGCGCCGCUGCUUCUGGAACUCAGGCAGCUGCCGGCUGCGGUGGCACCGCGGGGCCUCCGGGUGCCGCUGUUGGCCGCCGCUGCCGCCGCUUCCCGUCCCCGCUGGCUGCUCGCUCACACGGCGCCGCUCACAGCGGGCAGCAGAGAAGCGGAGAGCGGCAGCGGCGGCACCGGAGCCCGCAUCUCUGCGUUCGGGCCGCAUCGGAGCUCGGGACGGACGGAACUCAGCUGGAAGCGCUGCGGGAGGAGGAAGGAGAGCGGCGAGCGCUGCUUCCAAUGGCGGGCGGGCGGCGAAGGAGACGCUGGAGAGCGGGAGAGGGGCUGCUGCUCGCUUUGCUGCUGUGCUGCUGCUGCUGUCGGGCGGCGCCGGAGCGGCUCCGCUACGCUAUUCCCGAGGAGCUGAGCAGAGGCUCGCUGGUGGGGCCGCUGGCGCGGGACCUGGGGCUGAGCCCGGCCGAGUUGCCGGCGCGUCAGCUGCGGCUCAGCUCGGAAAAGCGCUACUUCGCCGUGAACGGGGAGAACGGGAACCUGUACGUGAGCGAGAGGCUGGACCGGGAGGAGCUGUGCGGCGAGUUGGCGUCCUGUGCCGUCAGCUUCGAGGCGGUGGUGCAGAACCCGCUCAACAUCUUCCAUGUCGAAGUGGCCAUCCACGACAUCAACGACAAUUCCCCGUCGUUUAGCAAGGCAGUUCUGGAUCUCGAGAUCGGGGAGUGGACCCUCCCCGGAGCUCGCUUUCCGCUGGAGGUGGCCCGAGACCCGGACGUGGGAAGCAAUUCUCUGCUUACUUACCAGCUCUCUGAAGACUCGUCCUUCUCUCUGGCGAUGAAGGUGAGCAAAGGAGGAAAGAAGCAGCCCGAAUUAGUGCUGGAGCGAGCUCUGGACCGCGAGAAACAGAGCUCCUUUCAGUUGGUUCUAACAGCAACUGAUGGAGGCGACUCCGCGAGGUCCGGAAGUGUGCAGAUCCGCGUGAACGUGAGUGACGCCAACGACAACGCGCCCGUGUUCAACAAAAGCGCGUAUGAGUCGCAAGUGCGGGAGAAUCUGCCGGUGGGAUCAUUGGUGCUGCAGGUGCGAGCUGCAGAUGCGGACGCAGGCUCCAAUGGGCGGGUCUCCUACUUCUUCGGCAACGUCCCGGAGAGCGUCCGCGCCUUGUUCAGCAUCGAUGCCGAGAGCGGCGAGGUGAGAAUUGCCGGGCCGCUGGACUUCGAGGAGAGGAGCAAGUACAGCUUCGUUUUGGAGGGGCGGGACGGCGGCGGGCUGACGGGACACUGCGAGGUGCAGAUCGACAUAAUCGACGAGAACGACAACGAGCCCGAAAUAACGACGCUGUCGAUGUCGAGCCCGGUGCCCGAGGACGCGCCGCCAGGCACCGUCGUGGCGCUGCUGAAAGUGCGGGACCGGGACUCCGGCGAGAACGGGCGGGUGCGGUGCGAGCUGUCUGGAGAGGCGCCACUGCAGAUCGUGGCAUCGUCGGGCGGCUCCUACAAAGUGGUGACGGCUGGCGCGUUGGACCGGGAGCGGGCGUCCGAGCACCGGGUGACGGUGAUCGCCACGGACGGGGGCAGCCCGGCGCUGUCGAGCCGCGCGGAUCUGGCGCUGGAGGUGUCGGACGUGAACGACAACGCGCCGGUGUUCGAGGAGGCCGCCUACAGCGCCUACGUGCCCGAGAACAACGCGGCCGGAGAGCCGGUGCUGCGCGUGAGCGCGCGGGACGCGGACGCGGGCGCCAACGGGCGCGUGAGCUACGCGCUGUCGGGCGGCGGCGCGGACGCGGCGUUCGUGUCGGUGCGGGCGGAGACGGGCGAGCUGUACGCGCUGCGCUCCUUCGACUACGAGCGGUGCCGCGAGUUCGCCGUGGAGGUGCGGGCGCGGGACGGCGGGACGCCGGCGCGCAGCGCGACGGCGACGGUGCGCGUCUUCGUGCUGGACCGCAACGACAACGCGCCGCGGGUGCUGUGGCCGGCGGCGGGCGGGGCGGAGGGCGGCGGCGCGGGCGCGGCGCCGUUCGAGGUGGUGCCGCGCUCGGCCGAGGCCGGCUACCUGGUGGCCAAGGUGGUGGCGGUGGACGCGGACGCGGGGCGCAACGCGUGGCUGUCGUACGAGCUGCUGCGGGCGCCGGAGCCGGCGCUGUUCCGCGUGGAGGCGCGCAGCGGCGAGGUGCGCACGGCGCGGGCCGUGUCGGAGCGGGACGCGGCCAAGCAGCGGCUGGUGGCCGUGGUGAAGGACCACGGGCAGCCGGCGCUGUCGGCCACGGCCACGCUGCACGUGGUGCUGGCCGAGAGCGUGCGGGACGCGCUGCCGGAGCUGGGCAGCGAGGGCCCGGCGGCCGCCGACCCGCCGGCGGAGCUGCGCUUCUCGCUGGUGCUGGCGCUGGCGCUGCUGUCGGCCGCGUUCCUGCUGAGCGCGGCCGUGACGCUGCUGGCGCGCCUGCGCCGGGCCGGGCCGCCCGCCGUCCUGCGCUGCCUGGGCGCCCGGCGCUUGUCGGCGUCGGGCCCCGCCGUGCCGGCCGACUUCUGCGAGGGCACCUUGCCCUACUCCUACAACCUGUGCGUGGCGCCGGGUCGCGCCGUGGCCGAGGGCUCCUGGCUGCUGCCGCCCGCCUUGCAGCUCAGCGCGGCCACGGAGGAGCCGCUCGGCGGGGAAACCUGCGGGAAGCGGAGCCCGAGCGACAGCGCCGGCCCUGGAGAGCCGCCCGACGACCUCCGCGCCCCGCAGCGUCCUAUUCCUUAG